AUGCAGGAGAAGCUCAUCAACGAGGAGUACAAGAUCUGGAAGAAGAACACGCCGUUCCUGUACGACCUGGUGAUGACGCACGCGCUCGAGUGGCCGUCGCUCAGCGUGCAGUGGCUGCCCAACUCGCACACCUCGGCUGGCGACGACUUCUCCGUGCACAAGCUGCUGCUGGGCACGCACACGUCGGGCGCCGAGCAGAACCACCUGAUGGUGGCGGAGGUGCGUCUGCCGCUGGAGGACACGGAGAUCGACGCGCGCAAGUACGACGAGGAGAGCCAGGAGCUGGGCGGCUUCGGCGGCGUCUCCGGCAAAGUGGACAUCAAGAUCCGCAUCAACCACGACGGCGAGGUGAACCGCGCGCGCUACAUGCCGUCGGAUGAGAUGAUCGUGGCCACCAAGACGCCGCACGCUGAGGUGCACGUGUUUGACAUCUCGAAGCGGCCGUCGCAGCCCGAGGAGAACUCGGGCUCGGACCCGGACUUCCGUCUGCUGGGCCACACCAAGGAGGGCUACGGCCUGUGCUGGGACCCGCACGAGGCCUUCCAUCUGAUCUCGGGCUCGGACGACGCCAUCAUCUGCGAGUGGGACAUCCGCAACGCCGGCAAGACGGUGCAGCCGCUGCACAAGUACAGCGGCCACAGCGAUGUGAUCGAGGACGUGGCGUGGCACAUGCACCACACCAAGAUAUUUGGCUCUGUUGGCGACGACAAGAAGCUGCUCAUCUGGGAUAUGCGCACGGAGAGCUACGACAAGCCCGCGACGACGGUGUACGCCCACACGGCCGAGGUCAACUGCCUUGCCUUCAGCCCGUUCAGCGAGUACCUCGUGGCGACGGGCUCGGCCGACAAGCACGUGAACCUGUGGGACAUGCGUAACAUGAAGGCGAAGCUGCACUCGUUCGAGGGCCACAACGACGAGGUCUACCAGAUCCAGUGGUCUCCUCACAACGAGACCAUCCUGGGCUCGUGCUCAGCUGACCGCCGCAUGCACGUGUGGGACCUCAGCAAGAUCGGUGACGAGCAAUCGCCCGAAGACGCUGAGGACGGUCCUCCUGAGCUGCUGUUCAUCCACGGCGGCCACACUUCCAAGAUCUCGGACUUCUCGUGGAACCCCAACGACGCGUGGGUCGUGGCCUCCGUGGCCGAGGACAACGUCCUGCAGAUCUGGCAGAUGGCCGAGAACAUUUACAACGAGGAAGACGAGGAGACGGAGCAGGCCGAGGUCGCCGAGGAAGACCUCGAGUAA